AAGAGGCGAAAGGUCAACCCCGCCUUGGCAUCACGAAGCAGCUGUAUGCUGUUCGGACGAGCAGGAAGGAAGCGGCAGCAACAACAUCUCCGUGUCGUUAUCGAUUACUUGGCGAGUAUUGACAGCCUCCGCUGCUGGUUUUUAAAAACCGCCUCUCUGCCUGACCGUCGGACUGAAAUCACCGGGAGGAAUCACCGCGCGUUCACAGUCGGGUGAAGCGUGAAGGAGCCUCUGUCUGACUCUGCUGUCUGUGAUUCAGGAUGGCAGGCGUGUUUGAUAUCGACUUGGAGACUGAAGACAUCAGUGACACGGAGGAAGAUGUCUGCGACUUCACAGUGACAGAACCUGAGAAUGUCCAGACGGAGGAGGUGGAGCUGACCAGUGAAAGUGUCAACAGGGGCUGUGAGAGAGUCGGACCCGACUGCUUUGAGCUUCUCACUGUUCUGGGAAAAGGAGCCUACGGCAAGGUGUUCCAGGUGAGGAAGGUUCAGGGCGCCCAGACAGGGAAAAUAUUUGCUAUGAAGGUCUUGAAAAAGGCUAAGAUCGUGCGUAAUGCUAAAGACACGGCGCACACACGAGCGGAGCGUGAGAUCCUGGAGACGGUGAGACAUCCAUUCAUCGUGGACCUGCUGUACGCCUUCCAGACUGGAGGAAAGCUCUACCUCAUCCUGGAGUGUCUGAGUGGAGGGGAGUUGUUCAUGCAGCUGGAGAAAGAAGGCAUCUUCAUGGAGGACACAGCCUGUUUCUACCUGGGAGAGAUCACGUUGGCCCUGGGCCACCUCCACUCAAACGGGAUAAUCUAUCGAGACCUGAAACCUGAAAACAUAAUGCUCAGCCACCAAGGACACAUCAAGUUGACUGACUUCGGCCUCUGUAAGGAGUCAAUUCACGAUGGCACCGUGACACACACCUUCUGUGGUACCAUCGAAUACAUGGCUCCAGAGAUCUUGACCCGGUCGGGUCACAACAGAGCGGUGGACUGGUGGAGCCUCGGGGCGCUGAUGUACGACAUGAUGACCGGAUCGCCUCCAUUCACAGCUGAGAACAGGAAGAAGACCAUCGAUAAGAUCUUGAAGUGUAAACUCAACCUCCCCCCGUAUCUGACAAUCGAUGCCAGAGACCUCAUCAAAAAGCUGUUGAAGAAGAAUCCAGCCCAAAGACUCGGCUCCAGCAUAGCGGACUGCACGGACAUCCAGAAACAUCCGUUCUUUAAACACGUCAACUGGGACGACCUGCUGAACAGGAGAGUGGAGCCGCCAUAUAAACCACAGCUGCAUUCAGACGAAGACGUGAGCCAGUUUGACACCAGGUUUACCCGACAGACGCCGGUGGACAGUCCAGAUGACACCACACUGAGCCACAGCGCAGAGCUGGCCUUCGCUGGUUUCACCUACGUAGCUCCAUCAGUCCUGGAGAGUCUGAAGGAAGGUUUCUCAUUCGAACCAAGAUCACGUCCUGUACGCCGCCACAACAGCAGCCCACGCACACCCAUCAGUCCUCUUAAAUUUUCUCCUGCCGGACCCUUUAAGUCCAGUCUGGACGGAGAGUUGGAUCCUUUCUCGCCCACCUCUCCACCGGCAGCUCCACCUCCUGUCCCGCUGGAGAACGGAGCCGCCAGCCAGCCCAUCAAGACCCCAGCAAGGAACAAGAAGAAAGGACAUCGGAGAUGAGGAGGAGGGGGCGGAGCUCCAGAGACCCCGCCUCAGUCACAUGAACUUAUUCUGCUGUUGUGGCCGAAGCAUCGAUGGAAGGAUCUUUUAUUUUUUUCUUCUUUUUUUCAGUUUGCUGCUUGGGUUUAUUGUCCCACACAUGCUGCUCAUCAUCAUCAUCAUCAUCAGAUUGUACUGGACCAGCAUGAAGUCGCUUUAACUGAUGUCUCUGAUGCAUAGGAAACGAUAACUUCUGCUCUCUGACGGCAGAAAAAAGGGCGAACAGGCCGUCGAGUUGAGUGAUGGACUACCUGGUCUCCAUAUUUCAUCCUGUAAACCUGCUGGUUCAAUUACAGCAAAGAGAAGCUGCCAUGUUCAGUUUCUGGGGUUUAAUUUUCCAUCUGAGGUCGACUAUCACAGGCUGACGUUUUAAUUAGAGACCAGUUGAAGGAUCGCUGGAUUUAAGUUCCGGUUCCUCUCCACCAAGGUUAGAAACUGAAGCUGAGCUCAUCGUGAGCAGAACAGCCACGGACGGGUCACUUCAGGCUUUUUGGGUUGGUUGUUGUGUUUGUGUGUAAAAUGUCUGCAAAGUUAUAGAGUUGCUCUCUUCCACAGAAGCUCCAGAGUUACCUCUAACGCCCCGUUUGGUCUCCAGGCUUUCAAACAAUCACCUGACCAAUCAGAGCAGACUCUGGGUUUUAGGAGGCGGGGCCUUAAAGAGACAGGAGCGUUUGAGGCAGAAAUCAUGAAGCAUGUUGGGGUCUUCUAACGGACUUAUGAGUAGAUUAUAAAAUAUAUUAACCCGAGUUAAGCAUUAACUGGCUCAGGAAUGUCGGCUUUGAGUGGUUUUUGACGACAUUUUCUCUUUGUAAACAGAAAAUCUACAUGUCUGCUGCCAAAGUUUUUCUCACCAGAUAUCCUCAUUUUUCAUUUCAUUUGGGCCAAUUAGGAGGUUUUACUCAGCGUCUCUCCUCUGGCGUCCAGAUUUCUAGUUCUCAUGUGUUCACACGAAGCACCGAAGCCAGCUGAGAAAUCGGUGCUUUCAGUAAACAAAAAGCUUUAUAAAAAGAAUAUUUUUGCAAAGAAUGACAGACUUGACACCAGAAUGAUUCCAACUUUUUAAAUGUUUUUAUUUUCGAUCAUUUCCUUAUAAAUGAUUAACCUGAAGUUGCUUCGUGUCGCCUCAGAGGAGAGCAGAUUUUACUGAAUAAUUCAGGAUAACGGGACGUUUCGGGAUUUCAGGGACUUAUUUUCCAAAUUCAUGCAUCUGUAAAGUUUCUAAAACACAUACCUUUUUAAACUUUUAAAAUUUCUUCUUAUUGAGAAGAGUUGGAGGAUUGGUGAAACACAAGUUUCUUUCGUUCACGUUAAGUUUGUUUUUAAGCUUAAACCAGGAAUAAUUAGUGAGGGAAUAAUAGGAAAUGUGUUUUUCCUUCAUCUAAAGGUUAAACAGAGGAAACGUAUCUCAUCACUAGAUAGUGUGAAACGCCUUAUUCGUGCUCAUAAACGCAGCGCUGUGCAUCGUAUCGUGCUGCGUUCACCAACUGACAAGAAGAAAAUGAAGAUGGAGACGUUAGUUGAAGCUCCGCCCCCUCUCACCAGCGUAAGCGUGGAAACAGCUGCUUCCGAGAUGGACGCUGUCUCAGAACCGGAACCAGAAACUGUUUGUGGAUGUAAAACCACCCACAGACGAGGAGGAGUCAGGGAGGGGUGGAGUUACUGCCUCUGUCAUGUUGCCUCUGCAGACAUGUUGGAAUUAAUGCCAAAAACUUCCAGAAAGCUAUUUGAUUGUUUGGGUGUGUGUCCUGAAACACAACCUGUGUCAUUACCAUGGAAACGCUGUGUUUAAUGUGUAUCAGAGCACAUAGAAAUGUGGAAAGAUCUAGGCUUCAUUUUGGAGGAGAAGUCGGUCACCAUGGAAACAUGUCAGCAUCCGUCAGACGGAGCUGAUGAUGUUUCUGAUGGUCGAUUCUUCGUCUCGUCUCCUGAAACUGGUUUCUGGCUCAGAUACACCUGCAGUAAAUUUACUUUCAUCCGGACGUAAGAUUGUGUUAAUAAAAAAAACAAGUUUCAUAAUUUCAUGACUUCUCCAGACAUGAAAGCUGGAGUUUUUCUGAUUUAAAUGAGCAUUUUUAAAGAAGACGCCUGUUUUCUGCUCCCGUCUGUUUAUUUUCAGUCACGUUUUCAGACUUUAAUUCGGCUGCUCUUCUUCAUGGACUCUGACGAGGAUGCAGGAAUAAAGUCUGAACUGUACUCAACAUCCAGUUUGACAGCAGAAACGUGGGUUCAUUGUGUUCUGUUUUGUAUAUUUAUUUAUAUAAUGACUUCAGAGUGAUAUGUAUAAGCAGUGUUGUGAAGGGAAUUGUACAAAUGUCUAAAAACGAGGGGAAUUAGUAUUAAAUCUGCCUUUUUUCUGUCUUCUUCUGAAGAGUGUGUGCUGAAUGAAAUGAUUUUGGUUGC